AUGAAGCAGCCGCAGGAGACCGUCAUCAAUGAGGCACUCAUACGCGAGUGUAUUUAUCUCCCACCAGCGUGCACAACUGAUGAAGAGCGGCUGCGUUUCGUGGGAGUGCGGGAAGAAAGUCAACGGCAGCAGCGGGCCAAGACGGCAAUGGAGACAAUGGAGUUGCAUAAGGUGUCAACACUUCUUGCGUCAUACAGACGUAUUGGAAAGAUUGAAAACCUUGUUGGUCUUGGAAAUCUAACAAAAUUAGCUUUAGAUAACAAUAAAAUCAGUGAAAUAAGUAACUUAGAACAUCUGAAAAAAUUACAGUGGCUUGAUUUGAGUUUUAAUCAGAUUACAAGGAUAACAGGCUUAGAAGAACUGGUAGAGCUGGAAACCCUUUCUCUUUUCUCAAACAAGAUUACAGUUAUUGAAGGAUUGGAUACUCUUAAGAAGUUAACCUCAUUGAGUGUGGGAAAUAACUGUCUUGAGGUUCUUGAGGAAACAGCACGAUAUCUGCAUCGCAUCAAAAGUCUUCGUAUUCUUACACUGAAAGGUAAUCGAUUUGAGAAACUACCACUUUAUAGAGUCCGUCUACUUGCCUUUGUUCCAACACUUCAAUUUUUAGAUGGUCGUAUUGUUUACCAAGAGGAGGUUCUAAAGGCACGAGAAGAGCAACGAGAAAACCUAAUGCCCAUUGAUGAAGAAGAUGAACGUGCGGCUACAGAGGCAAAACUAGCACAAGAAUUGGAAAAGGUACGAAAAGACUAUGAGCGAUAUAAUUGCCCUGAUGAAACGAAACUUUAUGAUGAAUUAUUUUAUUUGGAGACUGAUGGACGAAGUGUUGCAGAUUUGCUUCGUGCAGAUAUUGUUGCAUCAAUGUCAAAGGAUUUGUUGGAAAGAUUCCAGACAGAAUUCACAGAUAAGGCAAAGGAACUUGCAGAGUCUAUGAAAGUAAUUCGCGCCCGACGUGACGAUGAUGAGCGUGCUUUUACUGAAGCCGUUAAUAUCUACAAGCAAAAGAAUGCUAAUACAUGUAAAGCGAUUAUAAAACAAUUUGAAAAAGAAAUUAAAAAUCAUAUUCCUCGUACUAUGUGGGGACGAGAAAAUGAGGGUGAGGGUGUUUCUUCUGAUGUCAUCAGUGAGCUCGAGAAUCGUCUCCGUGAGGUGAAGCACCAGUUACUUGAGCAAGAGGCUGACCAAUAUGAUGCCUUGGAGUCUUUAAACACUGGAACAAUAGGCAAAUGGAAAAGUGAUGGCGUAGAUGUUAUUCUUCAGACUGCAUUUGAAAGCUUUCUGAAAAUGGAGUCAGAUUUCCAGGUUGCACUUCGUCAAGUUUUUGAUACUUUAUUCGAUCAGCGGCAAAAGCAAGAAACCUCUGCAGAAGCAUACCAUUUGGGAAAGCAAGAUGAGAACGUUAUGUCAAUUGUUGACAAUAGGGAAGAAUAUCAAAAGGUUUUAGGUGAUUGGUUUGAACUGCGAAGGAAACGUUUAGAGGAACUUGAACAAAUGUACAUUAGUAAUGAAGAGAAACUUCUCAAUGAGCGCUCUGCGCGUAUUUUGAAGGAGGAACAAUCUCGUCAUCGUGCUCGAUUAAAUGAAAUUCAUGAAUUUGUGGAACGAACAACUGCAUUACUGGAACGAGCGUGGUAG